UAUAGUUACUGGGGGUUGAGUCAACUGGUGGUAGUGUAGGCGACCGGGGUUGAUAGCUUUGGUGGUUGUGAUGGUGACUGAGUGUGGUGGGGUGGCUUAUAAUAUUAGUCCCGGGCUAUUUUCUGUUUAUCGAAUGCUGUAUUUGUUCUACUAAGGUUGUUAUUUCAACUUGCGCAUGACAAAACCGGGGUGAAAUAUCGAUUUACUUGCAGAUGCUAGCGCACAUGAUUCCUGGGCCGUGUGCGGAGUUUUGGUAGCUUGGCAACAGGGAGAGGUUGGUGUAUGAUACGCUGUAGUAAUGCAUCUAGUAACAUUGUGAGUCCAACAUCAAAAGAACAUUUUGAAUUACAAGAAAAACAGAUAUUUAGAAAACAAUAUUUGUAUGAAAAUCAAUUACAAUAAGCCGGGUCACAUUAAUCAUACGUCAACCACUCAUUUUUGAUAUCUGCGUACGCCGCGGCCGUACACACAAGUUUGACACCUAUAACUUUUUUUCUAAUAAUUUUUUUCGUUAUAAGUAAUUCAAUGAUGUGUCUUAUUUUUCAUGCUCCCAAUUCCAACCAAAAUAGUCGAUAAUAUCUUCAAUUCGAUCAGGAUCAAUAAUGGUUCACAUAGCUACAGUUUUGAUAACUCUGGUCACAGCUAUCUCAAUAACUGAUCAUCUUCUUGAUAAUAUCUUGCUAGGAACUCUAUUCAAUUCUACAAUUGCAAUAGAAAAAUAUCAUAAUGUGGUUUUUCCUGAAGAGAUCUUCAAAAGUUAUGGUGUCAAUCCUGAUGAACCGAAAGCUGUGAAAUUGGACGUUUCUAACUAUUUCAAAGACUUUUCCAAUAAAAUGAUAAAAUUUGACAAUUUGUUUAAGCGGAUUCAUCUAGAGUCCGUUACUUUGUUUGAGGACGUGACAUCAGUGAACGUUUUUCCGUACUGUAUCUCUGCAGUGGCUUUUACAAAUGAAAAAAUAUGUUUUAGCGACACCAAGAUUCGUAAUUUGGAGAAUUUAAAACUAGUAAACAUUGAAUUAGGCAGAAGUACGAUUCAUAAAAAAAAAAUAAAUCGUUUCUUAUAUGCUACCCAUAAGUUUGAUGAAUUAGUAAUUAGUGGAACUACUGAUUUUGUAGGAUAUGGUAGCCGAGAUAAAUACAACACUAGCAUUCGUGACAGUUACUUGGUCAUUUAUCGUGAUUAUGAAAAUCUAGGAUUUUUUAGCUUAGAAAUUCCCAUCCUAAAGGAAUAUUAUGAGCCUAAUGAUGAUAAAUAUGUAGCACAUGCAGUAGAUAUGCAGUUGAAACGUUCCCAUGAAAUGAAUGUUCAUCUACCAGUUGACGGUUUUUAUGGUUUAUUGAAACAACUCGAAAAUGAAAUAAACACUCCAUCGGUUUUUUUUCCAGAGAAUAUAACUUUUGAUUGUAGUGACUUUCCAGAAAAAGAUGUAACUAAAACUCGCCCAAUGUCCAUAAGCACCACCAACAUGCGUUUAAACGAACAGCUCAACUGUGAUGUAAUUAACAACGUGAAGUUUGUUGAAAUGGGUGACUCGUAUAAUACGCGAUACGCUAUCACUUUUAAUAAACUAACUUUUACUUCUAAGAUGUCCGUAAUAUUAAAUAAACACUUGGUUUUGGAUGAAGACGUGCUAGUCGAAAUUAAGAAUUUACAUGUAGUGGUUGUCUUCUACUCAGCAUAUUCUCCAAUAUACAAAGUACAAGUUCACAUUAAAGAUGGAUUGAAUUUAUCCGCAGAAAAAAAAAUUGAUCCUUAUUUCUAUACUCCACAUUUUAAAACAAAAUUAUCCAGUUGUAUCAAGGCAACAACUUUAAACAACUUACAGGAAACUCUUACCAUUGUUAAACUAAAAGACUCGCUGUUAAACAAAAUUCCGAAAGUAAUUUAUGAUUUAUUUUAAUUUAUAACUUAAAUUAUUGAAUAGGUAAAUAACAUACCAUCGCCACAAAAAAAUGUGUAGUAGUAUUUAAACCAUUUUAAUGGUAGGUAUAGUCUUGACAGUAGAUUUUCGUUCCUAAAAAUUACGAUCGGGUACACGUUUAGUAUGCUAAUAGAAAAUGCUUAAACUCUGAUAAUGGUCUAUAUAGGUAACCAUAAAAUAAUACACUAUAUUUAUACGUACAAUUAAUUGAUUAAAUGUAAUAUUCUCAUUCUCACGACGCUCAAAACACAUUAAUAAUAUUGUGGGUUGAAUAAUUAUUCAUAGUAAAAUAUUUUGUGUUAUCUGCAUUCAAGCAAUACACGAUUUCUGGCCGUGGUUCAUCGGAAUUGACGGUUAAAAGUCGAUCUUUAUAUUUUAACAAUGCUCAAUUUGUUUACACAUUUGUUGGACUUUGGUCUGUUAUAUUUGUUUUCCUUAUCGCUACGACGUUACCAUUAACAUUAACUAAAUAGACUUGUCAGAAAAUACAAGGUGUAAGCAUCAGACCAAUUCAUCUAUAUUUUUCCUGCAUACUAAAUGAGUAUAUACUGUGCCCUUAAUUCGAAGCUUUCCAUUACCACACACAAAUGGCACGAUACCGCACUGCUUUAAGUCUCGUAUUCCAUAAUCACAUUCGUAAGUACCUAGUAAAUGUAAUUGAAUAUUCAUAAACAUGUUAUUUAAUAGAGACAUUUCUUAUGUUUUAAUUGUAGAAUAUUAUUGAAUACCUAUGUCUCUAUUUUGUAGUUUCAUGGUUUACAUUGAUCGUUAUACCAAAUUUUUUGGAUACCACCAAACUAUGUCACAAGAAAUAAUUUUAUAAAAAAAUGUAUAACCGAACUUAUUAAAACGGACAUAGAAUCUUUCCUGCGAUUAUUAGCAUUUAAUACAUAUUACCUUUACUUUUAGAAAAUAUAGGUAGGUACGUUAUACGUUUCGCUUUCACGUGGACUAUUGAAAGUCAACAACUAUUUUUUAUUGGAAUAUUAAAUUAUGGUUAAGUAAGCCGACCACAUACAUUUGUGAAAUUAACUGAAAGUGAGUAAUAUCUGGACUGAUCUUCAAAUUUAAUGCAGAUGAUUUGAUAACACCAGAAAAUUCUAAAAACCUUGUAUUUGAAUCAUGGGGUAAUAUCAAAAUGUUCGUGUGUCACUUUGUCUUAUGCGUUUUUUGAUCAUUAGUGUGUGGUAAUGGGGAACGCCACUGAAUUUGGUAUUAUUACUGUAGUCAAUUUAUUAGCUAAAUGUUAUACUGUGUGAGAAAGUAAAAUUAAAUUGUUUAACAAGUAAUAUUAUACUCCUCUAUCCAACCUUAUACAAGAACACUGUUACUUGUUGAAGUCAUAAUAUUUGCAUAUAUCUAUACAUUAUUAUUUUAUUACUAUAAUACUUACAAUAGUUAAUAUUAUAUAUUAUUUUGUUAUUAAGGAACUUAAAUAUUAAUCUAAUGUUGUAUGUCUGUAUCAUUUAAAAUGUAAUACCAUGUGGUGCCGAACAUCAUUAGCGAUGAUCAUUAGACAUGGAAAUACACAUCUUCCCUACAAAGUUGUGCUGAUUGGGUUAUAAUAUAGGUGUUUUUUAUCUUGUGAUUGGUUAUCUUAUACAUAUUACGCACGUAAUAUAAAUUUAAAUACUUCUGGAAUAACAUAUCAUUCGUUUGGUUAUUGGGAUGGGAAAAAAAAAUUUUUUUCCAACAACAUUACAAAAAAUAUAUUCCUAGAAUUUUUCACUCGUAAGUUAUUCACUGAAUUAUGACACCACUAUAUACUUUAAUAAUUUUACCUUAUUCAGUAAGUAACAUUUAUUUAUAAUUAAUUAAAAGCAUAAAUACCAACAAAAACAUUAUACAAUAAUAUAUUAUAAGUAUUUUAAGAAGACAGUAUUAUAAAGUUAAAUUUUCAAGAAAUCUAAUAAACUAAAAGUGAAUACAGUAUUAUGUUUCAAAGGGUAAAUAUAAAGACAAUUUAGGUCAAAACUAAAGUUGAUACACUUAUUUUUAUUUUUUUAAAUAUUAAACUUGGAUAUUCAGGGUCUCGAGGGGUGGAGAAUUAUGUUUCCCUCUAGAACCAUCACAGAGUUUAUGACGAGAAUUUAAUUUGUUCUCUUCCUCACUAAACUUAAAUUUAGUUCGGCACCACUAGUAAAAUAUUAUAUACUUAAGCUGUAUCUAUGUAAAGCCUUGAAAUAUCUUGUUUUUUUUGUAUUGAUAGAAUUUCCAAACACAUUCAAAGCCAACUUGUACUAAAUAUUUUUGUAUAUACUCAUUUAUUUCAUACUUAUUAAUAAUCUAAAAUUUAAAACAAGAAUUAUUAUUGUAUCAAUGUGCCUAUGUGAUUUUCACAUGUCAUUAUAAAAAUAACCAAUAAAUUACCUCAAUUAUUUAAGAAGACGAUACUAUUGUUGAACAUUGUUACAAAUUAUAUUAACAUUUUGUGAUUUGGAGUAUUUUAAUUACAAGUUAUA